CAUCACUGAUGGGCACUGAAAGGCAGCACUCAUAUAUGGCACUGAUAGAUGGCUCUGUUAGGUGGCACUGACUGGCACUGAUAGGUAGCACUGACUGGCACUGAUGGGUGACACUGAAACGCAGCUCAGAUGGGCACUGAUAUGUAGGCAUUGAUGUGCACUGUGGCACUGAAAUGUGGCACUGAUGGGCACUGGCAGGUGGCAUGGAUGAGCACUAACAGCUGGCACUGCUGGGGCCACACUGAUCAUCAGGGCACACUGAUCAUCAUUGAUCGG